AUGGCUUCCAAACUUGUCACCCUACUCUUCCUCCUCAACUUUCUGCAACUCAAAUCCUACUGUUCAAGUUCAACCCAACAAUCCUGGAUUAAAGCUGGUUAUUAUUAUUCAGGUAGUGAAACUGUCAUUUCUGACAUAAACUCUAAGCUCUUUACUCACCUACUAUGCGCUUUUGCUUACAUAAACUCUUCCAACUACCACCUCUCUAUCAACUCCUCCACCGAACAAAAGUUCUCUACUUUCAUCAACACUGUAAAGCUCAAGAACCCAUUGGUUACAACGCUUUUGUCCGUAUGGGUUGGCAGAGAAGACUCUCCAAUCUUCUUUUCAAUGAUCAACCAGUCCUCUUUUAGAAAUUCUUUUAUUCAGUCCUCUAUUGAAACAGCAAGGUUUUAUGGGUUUCAUGGCAUAGACCUUUUUGGGGUUCUACCAAGCAAAAGCUCAGAUAUGACCAAUUUAGAUACCCUUUUGAACGAGUGGCGAAUUGCUGUGGUUUCUGAGGCAAAAAACUCUAGCAAGUCAGAGUUGCUAUUGGUCAUGGCUGGUUAUUACUUGCCAGCUUUGGAUUCAGUGAGUUACCCAAUUGAGUCCAUGAUGAAAAACUUGGAUUGGGUACAUGUUACAGCAUAUGAUUACCAUGUGCCUAGAAUCGACAAUUUCACAUACACUCAUGCGGCUUUAUAUGACCCAAUGAAUGGGGCUAAUACUGAUAGUGGCAUAAAAGAGUGGAAGAGAAGAGGAUUUUUGCUUAGCAAAUUGGUUUUGGGCUUGCCUUACCAUGGUUAUGCGUGGACGCUUUUGGACCCCAAUAAUAAUGCAAUGGGUGCACCGGCUAUCGGUCCAGCUGUUACAGUCGACGGUUCCAUGGGCUAUAAGUUCAUAAAAUCGUAUCUUAGAAGCUUUCCUUCUGAAGCUGCUCCAGUGUAUAAUGCUACCUAUGUGGUGAAUUUCUGCACAAUUGGGCCGGCUUGGAUUAACUAUGACGAUGUGGAGGCUGUUAAAGCUAAAGUCUCUUAUGCAAAGCAGAGCGGGCUACUUGGUUUCAAUGUUUUUCAAGUCGGGAAUGAUGAUAAUUGGGUGCUUUCUAGAGCAGCUCAAGGGGAAGACGAAGAUCAACAUAAUAAGAGUCAUACAUUGUUAAUAGCUCUGCCUACAACUGUUGCAGUCGUGCUUCUGCUGGGCACCAUGAUAUGUUACUUACGGAGCAGAGUCAUCAAGUCAAGAGGCUGUAUAGAUAGUGUCAAAAGAUUAUUAUAUAAAGUCCGAAUUAAAAUAUUAGCUGCUGAAGAUCUUAAUGGCAAUGCUUCUAAUCUGCAAGUAUUCAGUUAUUCUGACAUUAAUGCAGCUACCAAUAACUUUUCAAGUGAGAAUAAGCUUGGCGAAGGUGGAUACGGACCUGUUUACAAGGGCAAUUUAUGGAAUGGCCAGGAGAUAGCAGUAAAGAGACUUUCAAGAACUUCAAACCAAGGCCUUGAAGAGUUCAAAAAUGAGGUUACACUUACAGCAAGACUGCAACAUGUAAAUCUUGUUAGAGUUUUGGGAUAUUGCACUGAGAGAGAAGAAAAUAUGUUGAUCUAUGAAUAUAUGCCAAACAGAAGCUUGGAUCUCUACCUCUUUGAUCCACCUAGAUGCUCUCUUUUAGAUUGGAGGAAACGUGUAGACAUUAUUGAAGGUGUUACUCAGGGGCUUCUAUAUCUCCAAGAAUACUCAAAUUUUAUUAUAAUUCAUCGAGAUCUAAAGGCUAGUAACAUUUUAUUGGACAAUGAGAUGAAACCUAAGAUAUCUGAUUUUGGGAUGGCUAGAAUUUUCAGAAAGGAUGAACAUGAAGCAAACACAGGUCGGAUUGUUGGAACAUAA